CGACAUCGGCUCCGCAGCUCCCGCGCAUGCUCAGCAGGAUGCUGCAUGGGCAGGAGACAGGAGCAGCAGUUAAAUUGCAGGACUAAUGUCUUCUGAAGGCUCUUCUGGGUACCGAUUUCCGACCCAGAAGCUGCCAGGGAUGAGGACGGAGUUGAGAGACCCAGCGUGAUGCCGCUCAAGAAACCCGACCCGAAGAAGGAAACAGCCAAACCGGCUCCAGCCCCGGAGCCUCCCAGAGAGCCUGCCUUCGACCCCAAGAGCGUGAAGAUCGAAUUCACCGCAGAGCAGAUCGAAGAGUUCAAAGAAGCCUUCAGCCUGUUUGACCGGACGCCCACGGGAGCCAUGCAGAUCACCUACACGCAGUGCGGGGACGUCCUACGGGCGCUCGGUCACAACCCCACCAACGCGGAGGUCCUGAAGGUGCUGGGAAAGCCCAAACCAGAAGAAAUGAACACAAAGAUGCUGGACUUCGAGACCUUCCUCCCCAUCCUGCAGCACUUCACCCGCAACAAGGAGCAGGGCACCUUCGAGGACUUUGUGGAAGGGCUGCGCGUCUUCGACAAGGAGGGCAACGGCAUGGUGAUGGGGGCCGAGCUGCGCCACGUGCUGGUCACGCUGGGGGAGAAGAUGACGGAAAGCGAGGUGGAGCAGCUCAUGGCAGGUCAAGAAGAUGCCAAUGGCUGUAUCAACUAUGAAGCUUUUGUCAAGCACAUCAUGUCUGGCUGAAAGAAGAAACUUCAGGCUCUCGGAAGUGUUUGAACCCACCUGAGCACCACGAACAGCAAGAUUCCUCCAUCCACGUCCCUUCCUCCUUGGAUGUCACACAUCUGCGGAGAUGUUUCACCUGAGCCACCAUGGAGAGUUGGCCUCGGUAUACAGUGAGAGAUCUCCCACUUGGUUUUAAACCUUAAGUUAUUCUUUUCAGGUUUUUCCUGUGACAUUUGGCUCAUUAAAUUUCAUUCCU